CGUGGACGGCAACACAACACCAAGAAUCCAACUCGUGAUGGACGUUUGGGCAUCAGUCUGUGUUUACUCUCCUGACUCCUUCUCCCGUUCACAAGGCUCCGGCAUUAACACCGACACCCUGAACUGCCCCGAAGUAUCCCGGUCAAAACACUACACAUUCAAACAAUGGGUGACACACUACCAGAGCCCAAGCCGCAAGCGAAGCCUUUCUUCGUGGUGGGCGACAAGCAUGAGUUCGAUCCGGAGCGGUGGACAGCACCCGGAAACGGGUACGCCGGCGAGGAGGCCCUACCGCCCCCUAAACGCGACCCCGAAACCCAUGUCAAGGUGCUCAUUGUAGGCGCCGGCUAUGCCGGGCUGAUGGCUGCGCUCGAGUGCUGGCGCAAGGGCCACGACGUGGUGGGCAUCCUGGAGCGGAGCGAGGGCCCCAACUUUAGCGGCGACCUCAUCAUCAUCCAGCCGUCGGCCAUGAAUAUUAUGCGCCACUGGCCGCAGAUGCGACGCGAACUUGAGCACGACAAGGUCACGGUGGGGACGUACUACCACCGCCACGACGGCGAGCUGAUCGACGGGCCUGUUGACCCCAACUUCAACGCCCCGGAGCAUGUCGCCGCAAGGGAGAGUCAGCCGGGGGGCUUCCCCUAUGUGGGUGCUGUGCAGAUUCGUCAGAAGUUCUAUCGUAUGCUUCUUCGCCAGGUGGCUCGCUUGGGGUUCACCGUGGAUUAUGGCAAGCGCGUGGAGAACUACUUUGAGGACGAAGCCGCUGGGCUAGCUGGAGUUGUUCUGACGGAUGGCUCGAUCCGGACGGCCCACCUCGUUGUUGCAGCUGACGGUUCCCGCUCGCGAUCCGAGCUACUCAUCGCCGGGAACUACGCCCCUGUACGAUCCAGCGGUAUGACGGUAUACCGCACCGCAUUCCCCGCCGCACUCGCCUUCGCCGACGAGCAGGUCCGCGCACGAUGGGAGGGCAAGCACACGUACGAGUUCUGGAUGGGCUCCGGCAUGCACAUCGGACUGUACUUCUCCGACGACAUGGUCGCCUUCGGCAUCACCCCCCGCGACACAUUCCUCGCCCCGGACAAGGUCGCGCGUGAGUCGUGGGACCCGAACGUCGACCCGCAGGAGGUCGUUGACGUGCUGCGCCGCGCAAGGGUGUCGGGGGUUGAUGGUGAGUCCGACUGGCACCCCGUCAUCGAGGCCUUUGUGCGCACCGCGCCCCGUGGCAGCCUCAUUCACUGGCCGCUGCUCUGGCGUGACCUGCGCCGGGACUGGAUCUCCAAAGGAGGCCGUGUCGUGCAGAUCGGCGAUGCUGCGCACUCCACUGUCCCGGCUUCAGCCGCUGGUGGCACGCUGGCGCUUGAGGAUGCCAUAACCCUGGCGUCAUGCCUGCAGCUGGCUGCCUCUCCCGGUUGUCCCACAUGGUCCGGUGCUGGUGCCGGCGUCCCGAUGGGCACCCGGGUGUACAACCUGUUGCGGUACGAGCGGGCAAGCUGCACGCAGAAGAUGGCGUUUGUCAACUCGCAGGCUCUCGGGCACACGACGGACUGGGACGCGGUGAGACGGAACCCCGAGAAGGUGCACCUGCGCUACCCGAGGUGGUUAUUCCUCCACGACCCGGAGAGCUACGUCUAUGAGAAGUAUGGCCGGGCUUUUGCCCACUUGGUGGCUGGUGCUGAGUUCCGCAAUACGAACAUUCCGCCGGGUCAUAAGUUUGUUCAUUGGACUCUGGAGCAGAUCCAGAAGGAGAUGGCUGCUGGGAAGAGGGUGGAGGACUUGUUGGAUGGAGAUUGGACGUAGGGCAGUAUCUCCGCAGUUGAAACGUGGUUGGGCUUUUAUGGUUUUAUCUCAGUGUCAUAUAUGUAUUACUUGUGGUGUUACGG